CUCGGAGUCGCGGCUCGCAGCGGCUGCACUUUAUCUCUGACUUGUUGAAUAUGCAGCGAACGAAGAUGUUGCGCGUCGAGCUGCCAGAAACCGAUAUGUUUGCCAAUUUGGUCAAGUUUUUUCGUACGUCCAGCGACGAAUUCGACGAAAGUCGAUACGAGAAAUUGUUGAGACGCGCUCGAUCAGAAGAUUUAAGCGAAGUGUCGGGAAUCGGAUGUCUGUACCAGAGCGGAGUUGACAGGAUGGGACGUCCGGUCGUCGUUUUUAUCGGGAAAUGGUUUCCCUUCAACAAUGUCAAUUUGGAUAAGGCGCUCUUGUAUUUAAUUGAUUUGCUCGACCCUAUCGUACGUGGGGAUUACGUGAUUGCAUACUUCCAUUCACUGACAACAAGGGAACAUUAUCCCACAUUUGCAUGGCUCAAGGAGGUUUACAAUGUUCUGCCGUACAAGUACAAGAAAAACUUAAAGGCUUUUUAUGUUAUUCACCCUACAUUCUGGACCAAGAUAAUGACCUGGUGGUUUACCACGUUCAUGGCACGUGCCAUUAAGCAAAAAGUGCACAACCUAGCAGGAGUGGAAUUAUUGUACUCUGUCAUUGCUCCGGAUCAGCUCGAAAUUCCAGCUUUUAUUACUGAAUAUGACAUGACUAUAAACGGGUUUAGAUACUUCCAACUGGCAGCGCCCACCUAGGGAACACCAAAUUGCGGCGAAAGCUGCUACCGUUAUUAGUAUUUCAUCCCUUUUACGUGAUAAGUUGCAAUAUUUUACUAGUGCCAAUUUGUUGUUUGCGAACAAUUCUAUAACGUUGUUAUAUUCUAUUUAACAUUUAACUUCUCUCUAUGUAGGUAAUUAGAAAUCGCUUUAACUUGUUUUGUCUGUCUUUUAAUGUCUAGCAUUUAUUAGGUUUUACAUUUAUUUAUACCGUUUUAUACCUACUUAAUUUGCUUUAUGUUUUAUUCU